AUGAUAGAACAUAAUGUGAAAGAAAAGCGAACAAUGAUGUUAGGAGCUUCAUCAGAAAGGGUGCUCGUACACUAUGAUGAAUCUUCAGAUUAUAUGAAUUCAUCUCAUAAUGCAGCCAGAGAUGGUAAUUAUGCAAUUAAUUUUGAUGGAACAAUGGAUGGCAGUGUAAUUGAAAAUGUGGCUGAUGAAUCUGUAGAAUUGCACGCUGAAGGUGGAGAAGGCUUUAAUUUUAGUGAUGCAUUGGUCCACCAAGCAAUUCAUACGAUUGAAUAUUGUCUUGGUUGCAUAUCCAACACAGCCUCAUAUCUUCGGUUGUGGGCCUUGAGUCUUGCCCAUGCUGAAUUAUCUGAAGUAUUAUGGAACAUGGUCAUGAAAAUUGGUUUGUCCAUGAAUAUUGGCUAUGCAGGAAGCAUUGUAAUGCUUGUCAUUUUUGGUGCCUGGGCCCUUCUCACCAUUGCUGUGCUCCUCAUUAUGGAGGGCCUCUCAGCCUUUCUCCACGCCCUCAGAUUACAUUGGGUGGAAUUCCAGAACAAAUUCUAUGGUGGAGAAGGCUACAAAUUCAAUCCAUUUAGUUUUGAGGAGAUUAUCAACAGAGAAACAGAAGAUUAA